CAAAAUUGGAAAUGCCCUACCUUUGACCGAAAUCCCCUUAGGCACGACUAUACAUAACCUAGAAAUUACACGUGGAAGGGGUGGACAAUUAGCUCGAGCAGCGGGUGCAAUGGCGAAACUGAUUGCAAAAGAGGGUAAAUCAGCUACAUUAAAAUUACCUUCUGGCGAGGUCCGUUUUAUAUCCCAAAACUGCUCCGCAACAAUAGGACAAGUCGGGAAUGUUGGGUUCAACCAAAAAAAUUUGGGUAGAGCUGGAGCUAAACGAUGGCUAGGUAAGCGUCCUGUAGUCAGAGGAGUAGUUAUGAACCCCGUAGACCAUCCACACGGGGGCGGUGAGGGUAGAGCUCCUAUUGGGAGAAAAAAACCUACAACCCCUUGGGGUUAUCCCGCACUUGGAAGAAAAACUAGAAAGAGGAAUAAAUAUAGUGAGAAGCUCAUUCUUCGUCACCGCAGUUAAUAUAAUAGUAUAAUAUAGUUAAUAGAGUGAAUAUACUUAAUGUAAUAUAUAUAGUAUAAAAAUUAAUAUAAUAGAACAAAUUAAAUUUAUUCAUUCAAUUAUAUGAAAAAAUAAAAAAAUAAAAGAAUAAUAAAAUUUAUAGGAGUAAACUGUGGCACGUUCACUAAAAAAAAAAUCCCUUUGUAGCUCAUAAAUUAUUAAAAAAAAUUGAGAAACUUAACACAAAGGGAGAAAAAGAAAUAAUAAUAACUUGGUCCCGGGGAUCUACUAUUAUUCCAAUAAUGAUUGGUCAUACUAUUGCCAUUCAUAAUGGGAAAGAGCAUCUCCCUAUUUAUAUAAUGGAUGAUAUGGUCGGACACAAAUUGGGAGAAUUUGCAACUACUUUAAAUUUUCGAGGACAUGCAAAAAAUGAUAAGAAAUCUCAUCGGUAAUGUGAAUACUAAAAAAUAUUUUGAUGCUUAUAAGUCAUUAGUAGGAGGCAAAUUUUAUGUACCAGAUGCUAAAUAAAAAAAACCCCAGAAGUAUACGUUUUAGGUCGACGUAUAGCUAUGUCGGCUAAUAAAGCACGAAGAGUUAUUGACCAAAUUCGUGGGCGUUCCUAUGAGGAAACACUUAUUAUAUUAGAACUCAUGCCCUAUCGUGCCAGUUAUCAAAUUUUAAAAUUGGUUUAUUCAGCCGCAUCAAAUGCUAGUUACACUAUGGCUUCAAAUAAAGCAAAUUUAGUUAUUAGUCAAGCUGAAGUUAAUGAGGGGACUGCUGGAAAGAAAUUAAAACCUCGGGCUCGCGGGCGUAGUUAUCCAAUAAAAAGACCGACCUGCCAUAUCACUAUUGUACUAAAAGAUAUUUCAUUCAAUGAUUCUGAAUCCGUGGAGCUCGGUUUGCUAAAAAAACCACAAGCGAAAAAAAAUUCUAGAACUAAAGCAUAUUCUGAUAUCCAGAAAAGGAGGUAUUUAUGGGACAAAAAAUAAAUCCACUUGGUUUCAGACUUGGUACAAACCAGGCCCAUUAUUCACUUUGGUUUUCGCAACCAAAAACGUAUGCUGAAAAUCUGCAAGAAGAUCAAAAGAUAAGAGCUUUUAUAAAAAAUUAUGUACAAAAAAAUAGAAUCAAACCCUCGGGUACCGAGGGAAUUGCAGGUAUAUGUAUUAAAAAAAGACUCGAUCUAAUCCAAGUCAUAAUCUAUAUUGGAUUUCCCAAAGUAUUCAUUGAAAAUAGCCCGCAGGGAGUUGAAGAAUUACAAAAAGCUCUACAAAAAAAAUUAAAUUUCGUAAACCGAAAACUUAAUAUUGCUAUCACAAAAAUUGAAAAACCGUAUGGAAAUCCUAAUAUUCUUGCCGAAUUUAUAGCUGGACAAUUAAAGAAUAGAGUUUCCUUUCGAAAAGCAAUGAAAAAAGCUAUUGAAUUAGCUGAACAAGCAGAUACAAAAGGAAUUCAAGUACAAAUUGCGGGACGCCUUGACGGAAAGGAAAUUGCACGUGUGGAAUGGAUAAGAGAAGGAAGAAUUCCCCGCCAAACUAUUCAAGCUAAAAUUGAUUAUUGUUGUUAUUCAGUUCGAACUAUCUACGGGGUUUUAGGCAUAAAAAUUUGGAUAUUUUUUGAUCAAGCUCAAUAAAAUUUUAUUCAUUCUUUUUACCUGUAAUACCGAGCGGCCAUUUCACAAAUUAUUUUGUGUAAUGAGCAGGAACAGUUCUAAUUGAUAAUAAUGAAUUCUAUAAGGUUGAAUAAAAAUUUUAUUUAUUUUUAAUAAAAAUAUCAUUGCUAUGCUUAGUGUGCGACUCGUUUAUUUUUAAGGUUAGCAUGAAACCAAACCCAAAGUAACAACUACUAACUCGAGAAGAAAUUACCUAAUAAUUAACUCAUCAAUUUCGCAUUAUCUGGAUCUAAAUAACCAGUCACGAUAUGAUUACCGCUCAUAUCGUUGUAGCAACUGCCAUUUAUUUGCAUAAACGAAAAAUAGUAUUCAAAUAUUAUUGAAGUUGCGAAGCAAAAUAUAAAAAAGAUGUGGAUAAUUGGAAGGGAGAGAGAAAGGGAGAAAAAGAAGCUCAAUGAUUGAAAAUUCCAAUAUGUAGGGUCUAACAAAACAGGCAAUGUAAUGAAGCAUUAAUACUUAAAUUCUGC